GUGUGCACGCAGAGAAUCUCCCCAUUUCAAACUUACAACCAGUUGCUUUUGGCUACUUCCACACAUUUGUUAAAGCAAAGGGAGGAAGGAACAGGGCAGUACUGUCAGUCCGAUUAAAGUAAGACAUUUCCAGGAGAAUUCUCACCAUAUUAACACACUGCGUUCUGACAUUAGUUGACGUCUCUCGCUAAUAGCUGAACAUGGUAAACAUAUCGUUUCUCCAUAGUGCUCUCUUUCUUGCCAGUUUACAUGGAAUUCAGGCUCUUAAAAUCUGUUCCUUUAAUGUGAGAUCAUUUGGAAAAUCAAAAAUAGCGAAGGAAGGAGUACUGGAUGUGCUUGUGAAGGUAAUCUCCCGUUGUGAUCUAAUGUUGAUGAUGGAAAUCAAGGAUUCAAGAAAUCAAGCAUUUCCUGUGCUAAUGGAAAGACUGAACAGUCAAGGCAACAGAAAUGAAUUUGAAUCUGUCAUCAGCAAACGUUUGGGACGAAAGGCCUACAAAGAACAGUAUGCUUUCAUUUACAGGCCAAAACUAUUAACAGUGAAAAGGAUUUACCAAUAUCCUGAUCAUCAUGGAGACAUUUUUGCAAGAGAGCCAUACGUGGUAUGGUUUUCAUCGCGAUAUACCACUAUAAGGGACUUUGUCAUUAUCCCACAACACACGGCACCAGAUUCAGCAGUCAGUGAAAUGAACGCAUUAUAUGAUGUUUAUGUGGAGAUGAAACAACUCUGGAGAGCAAAGUACUUCAUACUUAUGGGAGAUUUCAAUGCAGACUGUGAAUACAUCCGCAGGAAGGAAUGGCCAAUUGUCAGAUUGAGGAAUGACACCAAUUUUGUUUGGCUAAUUGGAGAUAACAAUGACACAACAGUAAAAGAGAGCACACACUGUGCGUAUGACAGGAUUGUGCUCCGUGGAGAAAAAUUAGUAAAGGCAGUCAUUCCGAAUUCAGUCAACAUUUUUAACUUCAAAGAAGCUUAUGACAUGACUGAAAGACAGGCCCUGAAUGUGAGUGACCACUUUCCUGUGGAAGUAGACCUGCAGAGAUCCCGCAGCUCCUUUUACUUUUUAAGAUCUCUUGCACGUCCAAGGGGUUAGAAAAAUGUUACAUACAGAUCUAUUAGCUUCAAAAUGAAUAACAAGCAUUGCUUCUGUUAUCAGUUUUAAAAUGCAGAACUUAGUAUUUGCUUCAUCAUGAUAUUACAUUACGACCUUCAAAUUCCUGUGUGAAAUUUGCAUGAAAUUUUCCAUACCUCAAAAGGGAUUAUUAAGAGCUGGUGCCAGGGAAUGUUGAUUCCUUCUUAAUCUGUACCUUUGUCACCUCAAGUAUAAGUACUUUCUUUCCCCACAUCAAUCCUCAACACAUUCAAUCCAAGGUUCAAAGUCAAAUCUAAGCUCAUGCAAUCUCCUAUAUGACCAGUCAGUCCUUGAGGAACCCCAGUAGCUCUCUAAUCCCUAGUAUCAAGUUUGCAACGUUCCCAUUCUAGACUUCGAUCGCCUCAAUAACUUCAUUCCAAAUUUUCUGACUGACCUACUCCAGUAAUAUGUCCCAAAUCAUCCUGAAUUGCUGCAUGUCCCUUGCUCCCACAACACCAUCACCAGCAGCUAUCUUUUUGAUGACUGUAGUCCCACGAUGAAUGCAGCAAGAUUCAGACCAUCAAACCCCAUCCCCGCUCAAUACAUCAGCAGUGACAAUUCAAGAAGAGGGUGAUUUAUACUGCAACACCUCACUUGCAUGACUAACUGUUCAUCUGUAAUAGGAGGGAAACAGCAAGCGACCAGUUGGUGUUUGGGUGACAUGGACAAGUUUCUAUUCCAUUAUCUGGUGAAUUUAUACAACAAGAUGUCAAUUUUGACCAAUACUGAUGAGAAAUUAUGUGAAAAACUGCCCUAACCAGGGAUAAGAUAUUAUGGCAGAGGAGAAAAUAUACAUUGGGCAUAAUACUAAAACCUGUGUUUUAACUUGUUGAAAUGGAAAUAAGUGGUUGUUAAAAUAUAACCAGCAAUAAAUUACAGAAAAUGUUUUGAUAAACUGACAAUGAUGCUGAAAUCAAAAGAAAUAACAAUGUUGCCCUAUCUGUCAAGUCAUAAAAUAUUGAAAUAUUUCAAUAAUAGAACCUAUAACCACAGUACUUCCACAUAGUAUACAUGACGUUUUUUCUGUGGAAUGAGAAUAUAAAAAUACCAUUAAAUAAAAUAAAUCACUUACUCCAAUGAA